AUGAAUACUGAAAUCGCUUCGUUUUUUGAUAAUCCAGAACUGAUGGCUAAGACUCCGCCUCUUUGGCAGACUCUGAAUCAAGACAUUUACGAUAACGACAACAUUGUAUUCCAGUAGGAUUGUUAUAAGAUUGCCAAAAAAUCAAAACAGUUGAGACCAAUAACCAUCUAGCUCGGAAACGAGCAUUUAUAUUACCUCAACAAAGAAACAAUUUAUUAGCUCUAAAUUACAGUUGUCAUGAUGAACAUAAUUAAACAUGAUGAGCAUGGUAACAUCAUUAGGUUAUCUCGAAAUGGGAAGUAUAUUGACCUCAAACUUGACGAUUUCACUGCCUUCAAGAAUCUUCUCAAUUACAGAUGUCUCCAAUCCACCUUCCAUGACGAAUUCGGAGUUACUAAAAUGAUCGGCAAAGGAAGUUUUGCUAAAGUGUAUUUGUCGACUAAAAAAUCUACUGGUAUCAAUUAUGCUGUCAAGGCAUUUAACAAAGAAUUCAUGUUAGAACAAUUUAAAGGAAGGGAAUCAUUGGAAAAUGAAAUUAAGGUGAUGAGAAGACUGAAUCAAGAAAAUCUAGUAAGACUGCAUGAAGUCUAUGAAACCUAAAAUUCCAUUUAUUUUAUAUUGGAUAUUUUAAAAGGAGGUGAAUUACUAUCUAGAGUCAAAUCAUAGCCAUUGACUGCUCCCAAUCUCCAAAAAUUAAUGUAUAAUUUAAUGAAAGCACUCUGCCAUCUGCAUUCAAAAAAGUGCAUCCAUCGAGAUUUGAAACCAGAGAACCUGCUACUUAAAGAAAAAGAUAAUGAUACCGAUGUGGUGAUCGCAGACUUUGGAUUAGCCAGUUUCCUCAAUGAGGAUAUCCUAUUUAAGAGAUGUGGAACACCUGGAUUCGUUGCUCCUGAAAUAUUAAUAUACAAGGAAGGAGAUCCCUUCUACGAUGAAAAAUGCGAUGUGUUUAGUGCAGGAGUAAUCUUCUACAUACUCUUAACCGGUAGAUAACCCUUCUAAGGAACUGAUUAUAAGGCCAUUCUGAGAGCAAACAAGAAUUGCGAGAUUAAUUACAAUCUAAAAUAAAUAUAAACAGCACCACUAUAAUUAGUAGAUUUAUUGAAGAAGAUGCUAUUUCCAGAACCUAAAGGCAGAGUUUCCUCUGAAGAUUGUCUAAAACAUCCAUACUUCAAAGAGAUCUUCAAGGAACAAGAUUUGAUUGAUGUUCAAGAUAGUCUUCGAGAAUACGAAAAGGACUUCGUCUAUGGAUUAGGAAAGUAAUAAGGACCUCCAAGUCAGGUUGGAUCAAUGCAAUUACAGUAGAGACAACCUGCUUUGAAUGGGAGAAUUGAUACUAUGGGAUCGUUUUCGAAUGUGUCCAAUAAUGGAUCAGUCACUAGGUUGGAUUAGAAGCCGUAACCUUAGUAAAGCAAAUUUAGCUAAUUCAGUUAGUCAAUUAAGCAGUAAAUCAAUUCGGAUGCUAAUUCACCAGUGGCUAAGAAGAAUAACUAAUCGGAUUUAAGGAAGACGGCCUUGAAAAAUUCGUUUUAAUAAUAAAUCAAUCAGAUGAGUAAGGAUGAUGAUUGCGUGAACGAGGAGGCAUCUCAUUUGGAAGAUGCAAUAUCGAAACUUAAUGCUUAGACACCUAAGAUGGGAUUGAAAAAAGCUAGUUCCUAUAAGGUACAAAAAUCAUCAAUGGAAUGA